AUGAACACUGGUGUGAUUGAAGGUGGAUUAAAUGUCACUCUUACUAUCAGGGUACUUAUGCGAAAGGAAGUUGGCAGUAUCAUCGGAAAGAAAGGAGAAUCUGUUAAGAAGAUGCNCGAGGAGAGUGGUGCACGUAUCAACAUCUCAGAAGGGAAUUGUCCUGAGAGAAUUAUCACUUUGGCUGGACCGACUAAUUCCAUCUUCAAAGUGUUUGCUAUGAUCAUUGCUAAACUGGAAGAGGACAUAAGCAGCUCUAUGACCAAUAGCACAGCUGCCAGCAGACCCCCAGUUACCUUACGGCUCGUGGUCCUUGCUAGUCAGUGGGGCUCUCUCAUUGGAAAAGGCGGUUGCAAGAUCAAGGAAAUAAGAGAGAGUACAGGGGCUCAGGCAGGGGAUACGCUCCCCAACUCAACUGAGCGGGCAAUCACUAUUGCUGGCAUUCUGCACUCCAUCAUUGAGUGUGUCAAACAGAUCUGCGUGGUCAUGUUGGAGACUCUCUCCCAGUUCCCCCCGAAGGGCGUGACCAUCCCGUACCGGCCCAAGCCCUCGAGUUCUCCAGUCAUCUUUGCAGGUGGUCAGGACAGGUACAGCACAGGCAGCGACAGUGCGAGCUUUCCCCACACCACCCCGUCCAUGUGCCUCAACCCUGACCUGGAGGGACCACCUCUAGAGGCCUAUACCAUUCAAGGACAGUAUGCCAUUCCACAGCCAGAUUUGACCAAGCUGCACCAAUUGGCAAUGCAACAGUCUCAUUUUCCCAUGACCCAUGGCAACACCGGAUUCAGUGGCAUUGAAUCCAGCUCUCCAGAGGUGAAAGGCUAUUGGGAAGGUUUGAAUGCAUCUGCUCAAAUUACUUCUCAUGAACUCACCAUUCCAAAUGAUUUGAUUGGCUGCAUAAUUGGGCGUCAGGGCGCCAAAAUCAAUGAGAUCCGUCAGAUGUCUGGGGCGCAGAUCAAAAUUGCAAACCCAGUGGAAGGAUCUACUACUGAUAGGCUGGUCACCAUCACUGGGUCUGCUGCCAGCAUCAGCCUGGCUCAAUAUCUAAUCAAUGUCAGGCUUUCCUCGGAGACAGGUGGCAUGGGGAGCAGCUAGAACAGUGCAGAUUCACCCAUAAUCCCUUUCUGCUGUUCACCACCACCCAUGAUCCAUCUGUGUAGUUUCUGAACAGUCAGUGAUUCCAGGUUUUAAAUAGUUUGUAAAUUUUCAGUUUCUACACACUAUCAUCUGCUAAUGAUUUUUUAAUUAAAAGCGUUUUAAUUCUUUCUCUGUUCAGCAGUUACGCUGAGAUAUC